AUGGAAAAAGUGAGAGAGAUUGUGAGAGAAGGGAGAAGAGUGGCAAAAGAAGACCCGAGGAGAGUAGUUCACUCGUUCAAAGUGGGUCUGGUUCUUGCCUUAGUCUCUUCCUUCUACUAUUACCAACCUCUCUACGACAGCUUCGGUGUUAAUGCAAUGUGGGCUGUUAUGACGGUUGUUGUCGUCUUCGAGUUCUCUGUUGGGGCCACGCUUGGUAAAGGACUUAACAGAGUGGCGGCAACACUAUUUGCGGGGGGACUUGGAAUCGGAGCUCAUCACCUGGCCAGCAUGUCUGGUCCGACAGGAGAACCCAUUCUUCUCGCAGUCUUUGUCUUUGUACAAGCUGCGUUGUCGACGUUUGUGAGGUUCUUCCCGCGGGUGAAGGCUAGAUACGAUUACAGUCUGCUGAUAUUCAUACUCACCUUUGCGUUGAUAUCAGUGUCGGGGUUCAGAGAAGAGCAGGUUGUAAAGCUGACCCAUAAGAGAAUUUCCACAGUGAUCAUAGGAGGACUAAGUUGCGUCAUUAUCUCCAUCUUUGUCUGCCCUGUUUGGGCCGGCCAAGAUCUUCAUUCACUCAUAGCCUCUAACUUUGAGAAACUCUCAUUUUUCUUGUUAGGUAACUCCUUUCAUUAUGUUUCUUCUGAUUUGAACAGUAUAACUCUUUUAAGAAAGAUUAAAAGUUGGAGAUUGGCAGAUUUUGGGGACAAGUAUUGUGAAGUGGUAGAAAAUGAUGGCGCCAAAGAGGUUGACAAACGAAAAAAGGAUUUUGACAACUAUAAAAGUGUUCUCAACUCAAAAAGCAAUGAAGAAUCUUUGGCUAAUUUUGCAAAAUGGGAACCUGGUCACGGCCAAUUCAGAUUCCGGCAUCCUUGGAAACAAUACCUAGCUGUCGGUGAAUUAAUCCGACAAUGUGCUUACCGAAUUCAUGCCCUGAAUUCAUAUCUUAAUGCAGAUAAUCAGGUUUCAGUUGAUAUUAAAAAGAAACUAGGAGAACCAUUGAGAAGAAUGAGUUUGGAGUCCGGCAAAGCGAUGAAAGAAAUGUCAAUUUCGUUAAAGAAAAUGACUAAACCAUCUUCUUCUGAUCUUCAUGUCCAAAACGCAAAAUCUGCCUGUAAAUCACUCACCAACUUACUUAAUUCAGGCAUCUUGAAAGAAGUUGAGCCUCUAGAAUUGGUCUCCCUUCUGACCGCGAUCUCCUUGCUCAUCGAUAUUAUAAACCUAACAGAGAAAAUCUUGGAAUCCCUACAUGAACUAGCAACCGCUGCAAAAUUUAAGAACAAGAUUGAACAUCCUUUGUUUUCCGAGAAACCAAAAGCCAAAAGCUUUGUUAGUGUCCGAUCGAUCAAAUGUCAUGAUGAUCAUGUGGUCAUAAUUAUUGAAGAUGAUGGUAAUAAUGAUGACACAUCAAAAAAUGAUAAUGGCUCGAAGGAGGUUUCGAUCCAUGAGAAACAUGAAGACGAUGAUACGCAUGUAGACGCAAGAUGUGUUUCAUGUGGUCACACAAGCGUUUGUGUGAAAUAA